AUGGAAACUGGUCCUCAUUAUAACUAUUACAAAAAUCGCGAAUUGUCCGUCAUCUUGGCGCCAUUCAGUGGCGGUCAGGGUAAGCUAGGUGUCGAGAAAGGCCCUAAAUACCUGCUAAAACACGGCUUACAAACAAGCAUAGAGGAGUUGGGGUGGUCUACGGAGUUGGUGCCCUCUAUGGACGAGGCGCAAUUUGUGGGUAAGUUGAAAAUGGAGAGGGAGUCCGCCAAUGGCGGCUCCUCCGUCGUGACGAGCAAUGUCAGGGCUAAGAGAGCCGAUUUGGUUGGUGAAGCAACCAAACUGGUCUACAAUUCCGUGUCGAAAGUGGUCCAGGCGAACAGAUUCCCAUUGACCUUGGGUGGUGACCAUUCCAUUGCCAUUGGUACCGUCUCUGCGGUCUUGGAGAAAUAUCCCGAUGCCGGUGUUCUAUGGAUCGAUGCUCACGCUGAUAUAAACACUAUUGAGACUACCGACUCGGGUAAUUUGCACGGCUGUCCCGUCUCGUUCCUAAUGGGCUUGAACAAGGACAUUCCAAACUGUCCCGAGUCCUUAAAGUGGGUUCCCAGUAACUUGAGUCCAAAGAAAAUCGCAUACAUUGGGUUGAGAGACAUUGACCUGGAGGAAAAGAAAAUCUUGAAAGACUUGGGUAUUGCCGCCUUCUCCAUGUACCACGUGGACAAGUUCGGUAUCAACGCUGUCAUCGAAAUGGCCAUGAAAGCGGUACACCCAGAUACAAACGGUGAAGGUCCCAUUAUGUGUUCUUAUGACGUCGAUGCCGUGGACCCAUUGUACAUCCCUGCCACAGGUACCCCAGUGAGAGGCGGGUUGACCCUAAGAGAAGGUCUUUUCUUGGUGGAAAGACUAGCUGAAUCUGGUAACCUAGUUGCCCUAGAUAUCGUUGAAUGUAACCCCGACUUGGCCAUUCACGACAUUCAUGUCUCAAACACCAUCUCUGCAGGUUGCGCCAUUGCAAGAUGUGCAUUGGGCGAGACCUUAUUGUAG